AUGGCGCCCGCCCCGGUCGAUCCCCGCAUGAUGUCGGUCAAGCCUAGGAUACGCUACAACACCAUCGGCGGUGUCAACGGUCCAUUGGUUAUUCUCGAGAAUGUCAAGUUCCCGAGGUACAACGAGAUCGUCUCUCUGACGCUGCCGGAUGGCACUGAGCGGUCUGGUCAGGUUCUGGAAGCUAGAGGCAACCGCGCCGUCGUCCAGGUCUUCGAGGGCACGUCUGGCAUCGAUGUCAAGAAGACCAAAGUCGAGUUCUCCGGACACAGCUUGAAGCUCGGUGUCUCCGAGGACAUGCUGGGUCGUAUCUUCGAUGGUUCGGGUCGCGCCAUCGACAAGGGCCCUAAGGUGCUGGCAGAGGACUACCUUGACAUCAACGGCAGUCCCAUCAACCCGUACUCUCGUGUCUACCCCGAAGAGAUGAUUUCGACCGGUAUCUCCGCCAUCGACACCAUGAACUCGAUUGCCCGUGGCCAGAAGAUUCCCAUUUUCUCCGCCGCCGGUCUUCCGCACAACGAAAUCGCCGCGCAGAUUUGCAGACAGGCUAGUUUGGUCAAGCCGACGAAGGGCAUCCACGAUGACCACGAGGACAACUUCUCCAUUGUUUUCGGUGCUAUGGGUGUGAACUUGGAGACCAGCCGUUUCUUCACCCGUGACUUCGAGGAGAACGGCAGUAUGGAGCGUGUCACGCUCUUCCUGAACUUGGCUAACGACCCUACUAUCGAGCGUAUUAUCACGCCUCGUCUGGCUCUUACCACCGCCGAGUACUACGCCUACCAGCUCGAGAAGCACGUCCUGGUCAUCUUGACCGAUCUCUCCUCAUACUGUGAUGCGCUGCGUGAGGUUUCGGCUGCCCGUGAAGAAGUGCCUGGUCGUCGUGGUUACCCUGGUUACAUGUACACGGAUUUGUCCACCAUCUACGAGCGCGCUGGUCGUGUCGAGGGCAGGAACGGUUCCAUCACCCAGAUUCCUAUUCUGACCAUGCCCAACGAUGAUAUCACUCACCCCAUUCCCGAUCUGACUGGCUACAUUACCGAGGGUCAAAUUUUCGUUGACCGUCAACUAGACAACAAGGGUAUCUACCCGCCGAUCAACGUCCUGCCCUCCCUUUCGCGUCUCAUGAAGUCUGCUAUUGGCGAGAAGCGCACCCGCAAGGACCACGGUGAUGUUUCCAACCAGCUGUACGCUAAGUACGCCAUUGGUCGUGAUGCUGCGGCCAUGAAGGCUGUCGUCGGUGAGGAAGCUCUGUCGUCUGAGGAUAAGCUGUCCCUCGAGUUCCUUGACAAGUUCGAGAGAACUUUCAUCGCUCAGUCGCCCUACGAGUCGCGCACCAUCUUCGAGUCUCUCGAUCUCGCCUGGUCGCUGCUCCGUAUCUUCCCCAAGGAUCUGCUCAACCGUAUCCCUGCCAAGGUUCUUGACCAGUACUACCAGCGCCGCGCGGAAGAGAGGAAGCAGCGCCGUGGCAACAAGGACACCAGGGAUAACGAGGCUGAAGCCGAGGAGCAGCAGCAACCGCAGCAGCAGGAGGGCAACCUGGUCGAUGUGUAG